AUGGGUAAUAAAAAAAAAUUGAAAAAUUUAGUUUAUGAUGAUUAUAAAGAUGAUUUUGAAGACUAUGAUAACUAUGAUGACCAAUAUUACUCAGAAUUUGAAUUUGUAAAAAGUACUAAUUCUUUGAAAAUAAAAAAUAAUGAUAAUUCUAAAAAGAAUAUAAUAAAAAAAGAGGAAAAAAAAGAAAAUAUAAAAAAAAAAAAUGAAGAAAUUCAGAUAACUUUAAAAAAUAGUGAAGAUAACAAAUACAUAAUGCUGAAUACAUUAAAUAUUCUUGUAUUAGGACAUAUUGAUGCAGGUAAAUCUACGUUAAUAGGUGCAUUAUUAUAUAACUUGAAUUACGUAAGUGAACAAACGAUAAAAAAAUAUGAAAAAGUUAAAGAAAGCUGCAAGUACACUUUUAUAUUAGAUGAAGAAGAUGAUGAAAGAGAAAGAAAUAUAACUCUUUUUAAUAAAAGAAAAGAAUUUUUUAUAUAUUAUACAAAAAAUGAUAUAAAGCAAGCAUACGACAUUUUACUAAAUAACAAACCUAAUGAAAAAAAUAUGAGUUAUAAUAAAAAUAAUAUGGAAAAUGUACAGAAAGAUGAAAAUAAAAACAUUUACAUGAAUAAAAGUAUAUUUGAAGAUUUCUAUAAAAAAAAAAUAAUACACAGUGAUAUUAUUUGCUUUAGAAAAAUUAAUAUUUUUGAUACACCUGGACAUAAUGAAUUAGUAAAUAAUUUACUUUCAUGGAGUUUUUUUGCAGAUUGUGCAAUUUUACUAGUAGAUGCGAACAAUAUUUAUAACAAAAAAAAUGAUGAAACAUAUAAAGACAUUUCUAUAUUAAAAUCAGUUGGAAUUUCUAAUGUUAUCAUAGUGGUGAAUAAAUUAGAUUUGUUUGAUUAUGAUAUAAAAGUUUUUGAAAAUGUGUGCAACACAGUAAAAUCCUUUUUUGAAUGCGAAAAAAAUGAUAGUAUCUUUGAAUUUAUUAUUAAUAAUAAUUUUUACAUACAUGUAAAAUGCUUUGAAAACUAUAGCACCCUAUUUGAAAAAAAUUUAAUAUUCACACCUGUUUCAGCAUACAAAAAUAAAAACAUAGUAAAAUUUGAAAAAGGUAACAUAUCAUUAUUCAAUUGUAAUUUUAGUUUAUAUGAUGAAAUAAAAUAUAUGAAUAUAAAAAAAGAUUUAUUUUUAUUAAAAGUAUGCGAAGAAAUUUUACAUGAGAAGAAGCAAAAUUUAAGUUCUUAUUAUAAUUUUAUUAAAAAUAAUAAGUUAUUUGCAAAUAAUAUUUUUUAUAAUUCAUAUAAAAGUAGCAUAUUAAACCCAAUUAAAAAAACUUCAGAUGAAGAUAAUACAUUUAUAGGUGUUAUUCAAGAUUUUACAGAAGCAAAUAACUUGAUAAAAGCAAACAUUAAAAUAUUAGAUGGAAUUUUAAAGAUUCAACAUAAUUAUACUAUAUUGCCACUUAAAGAAAAAAUAACCAUAAAAAAAAUAGAAAAAAAUAGUUGCUUUUAUAAAUAUGUAAAUAUUGAUAACUUAUCUAAUUAUUUAGCAAAAGCAAAAAACUUCAAUUCGUUUAAAAAAUUUUUAUUGGAAUUACCAGAUUCUGGUAUUUCAGAGAAAAUAGAAAAUCAAAAUUUAAAUGAACAAAAUAGUAAAAAUUGUGAAUGCAUAUAUAGUUUAAAAGAAAAGGAUUUUAUAAAUUCUAUACAAAUGAUAUCAAAGUUAGCAAACGCUUGCUCAUUUAAUGAAAAUAUUACUAUAACUAACGACAUUGUAGAAAAUAUUGUUCUUAAAAUUAAUGACAACAAAAUAAUUAACGGUUGCGUUUUAGUAAAUAAUGAAACAAAAAGUAAUAAUUACGACAAAAAUAAUGAAAAUUUUUCUUUAUAUAAUAUAAAUAAUAUUUUUAUUUCUAAUAAAAUGAUGGUGUUAAUAAAAAUUAACGAAAUACAAAUUCCAGUAGUAAUAGGUAGACAAUACCUUCUUUAUUCUUUAAAUUUUUCGCAUAGUAUAACAAUUAAAAAUAUACACUGUAUUUAUAAAAAUAAAAAUUGUUCUUUCAAUUCUAGUGAUUUAUUAGAUAAUAAUUUAAAUAGCCUCAACCAAAAUUUGACAGAAAUUAGUAAUUCAAAAAAUUAUAAAAAAAAAAAUAAUACAUUUUAUGAAAAAAUUGAAAAUAAAAAAUGUCUACGAAGCUUUGAUAUUGGUAUUAUAGAAAUUGAAAUUAAUAACAAUUCUUUAAUGUGUGCUCAAAAAUUCAAAUAUGACUUAAAUUAUUUUAUUUCUUUUUAUAAUUAUUUUUUUAAUAUUUAUGACUUUCUUUCCUUUGCAAUUUCUCCAUUAUCUCGCUUUAUUUUAUCUGAAUCAAAUAAAAUAGUUGCUAGUGGAUUAAUAUUAAGUGAAGAGUAA